AUGAAGAACUGGACAGAGGUGUCUGAAUUUAUUCUCCUGGGUCUAAUAAAGGAUCACAGGCUGCAACAGGUUCUCUUCACCUUUUUCCUGCUUCUCUAUAUAGCCUGUUUAUUAGGAAAUGGGGUUAUCCUGGGAAUCACCCUAGCUGAGCCUCAGCUCCACACCCCCAUGUAUUUUUUUCUGGGGAACCUUUCUGGUUUGGAUAUAUGCUACUCAACAGUGACUGUGCCAACAAUACUAAGUGGCUUUCUUAGAAAGAAUCAGUCGAUCUCCUUUACUGGCUGCCUCACUCAGCUGCACUUCUUCCACUUCCUGGGCUCUAGCGAGGGUAUGCUUCUAGGCAUCAUGGCAUGUGACCGUUAUGUGGCUAUCUGUAGUCCAUUGCGUUAUACUCUCCUAAUGAAUAAAUGGACUUGUCUUACACUAAUUGGGACCAUGUGGGCAACUGGCUUCUCUUAUGCCUUGAUGCAUACAGUGGUGACCUCUCAGCUAUGUUUCUGUGGACCUAAACUAGUCCCACAUCUUUUCUGUGACAUCAAACCCCUCCUCAAGUUAGCCUGCAGUAGUACAGCACUCAGUUUUAUUUUGCUGAAUGCUGUCACUGGUUCUUUUGCUUUCUGUUUGCUCUUUUUCACUCUUCUCUCCUAUUUUUACAUCAUCUCCUUCCUCUUUCUCAAAGUCCAAUCAUGGAAGAAUCGUUGGAAAGCCUUCUCUACCUGUGCAUCUCACCUGACUGUUGUGGCAAUGUUCUACAUUCCAGUGUUGUCCAACUACAUGCUUGCUUCCACCAGUGGUUCUUCUGAGAAAGACCUUAUCAUCUCUUUGUUAUAUACUGUAUUUACACCAGUUUUAAAUCCUCUGAUUUACUGUUUGAGGAAUCAAGAAGUCAAAUCUGCUAUAAGGAAGAUUCUAACUCAAAACAUCCUAUUUAAAAGGACAUGA